UUUAAAAGCUCAUCUUCUUUCAGCUGUCAGUCUGUAAAAAAACGUUGGUGCAACUUAUGUACAUGUAAUGUACUUUAAUGAUGGUUAUCUCCAUCUAGCGUCUGCUGUGCAUAAUCCUCAGUCCAAUUGUGCCCAGGCAGCCUGGAGUGCCUUGAAGUGUCUUCAGGGGUGCCUUGGCAAAAUGUCUAAAAAUGGCCCAAAACUUGUAUACAAGCCAGUGGGUGGAAGAAGCCUGCCUUUUAGUUACACAAAGCCACAGGUUUUCAUUGUGUACCAUUAUGACCUUCUAGCCACCAGCAUCCUAACAACCAAUUACAUCAUCAGUUGA